UCCCGGCCCGAUCCCGGUUCGAUCCCGGCCCGAUCCCGGUUCGAUCCCGGUUCGAUCCCGGCCCGAUCCCGGUUCGAUCCCGGCGCGAUCCCGGCCCGAUCCCGGUUGGAUCCCGGCCCGGUCCCGGCCCGGCUCCCCCCGGGUCCAUGGAGCCGGCCGAGGUGGAGUUCCUGGCCGAGAAGGAGCUGGUGACGAUCGUGCCCAACUUCAGCCUGGACCGGAUUCACCUCAUCGGGGGGGAUCUGGGUCCCUUCAAUCCUGGCUUGCCAGUGGAAGUGCCCGUGUGGUUGGCCAUUAAUCUGAAGCAGAGGCAGAAGUGUCGGCUCAUUCCCCCGGAAUGGAUGGAUGUUGGGAAGCUGGAGGAAAUCCGGGAUCAGGAGCGGAAAGAGGACACCUUCACUCCCAUGCCCAGUCCCUACUACAUGGAGCUCACCAAGCUGCUGCUGAACUAUGCCUCUGACAACAUCCCCAGGGCGGACGAGAUCCGGACGCUGGUGAAGGACACGUGGGACACGCGCAUGGCCAAGCUGCGCCUGUCCGCCGACAGCUUCGUGCGGCAGCAGGAGGCUCACGCCAAGCUGGAUAACUUAACCCUGAUGGAGAUCAACAGCACCGGGACUUUCCUUACCCAAGCCUUGGAUCACAUGUACAAGCUCCGGACUAACCUCCAGCCUGGCGAGAGCUCCCACUCCCAGGAUUUCUGACGGGGAGCUGGGAAGGAGCCGCAGCUCCUGGGCAGCUCCCACCUCCCUGCAGGGACCUCCCAGCCCUCAAAUCUCCCCUCAGGGCUGGCUGGGAAUUGCCCUGGAGCUGCUGGAGCACCCCCAGAGCCUCGGUGCAGGCCCCUCCGCCACCCCCGGGGGGUUUUUUGCCCUCCCUCCCCCUGGGGUUUUUAUUCUCCCCCCUGGGGUUGUCCCCAUCCCCCCUUGGGCACUUUUGUCCCCCCCUCCAUUUUUGUCACCCCCCAAGACCCAACACCCACCUCCCCCAGAACACAACCUGUCCAUGUCCCCUCCCCACCCCACAGGGACAUCUCGGUGUCACCUCCCACCCCCGGGGGUCCCACCCUCCUGUCCCUCCCCCCCUCCCCUAUUUACAGCUCUGGGAUGUGGCACUGAGGGUGACACAGGACACGGGGUGAGCCUGGGGACAUCAGCUCUGUGUCACUCUGUCCUGUCCGUGUGUCCUCCCCCUUGGAGUCACCGUGCCCUGUCCUUGUCCCCGUCCAGGUGCCCCCCCAGUGUCCCAGCUUGGUGCCACCACGUCCCCUCACCUGUGGCACAACUCGUGUGACCACGUCCUGCCCAUGAAACACUCCCUGUGUCCCCUGGCAUGGUGGCACUUGUCCCCUGUCUGUGGCACAGUCCCUGUGUGGCUCACUGUCUGUGUGUCCCCAUGUCCUUACAGGGCACCAACAUUGUCCAGCUGUCCCCACCACGGUGUCCCCUUAGGGCAUGAAGAUGCCCCAGCUGUCCUUGUGUCCCCAAGUCCUGGUGCCACUGUCCCCAUGUCCCCUUGGACACAGAGGGCAGUGCCACUGUCCUCGUGUCCCCUGGGUGGGCAGUGCCACUGUCCCCAUGUCCCCUGGGCAGGCAGUGCCACUGUCCCCUCAUCCCCUGGGGUACGAAGAGUGGGCAGUGCCACUGUCCUCAUGUCCCCUGGGGCAGUGCCACUGUCCCCAUGUCCCCUUGGACACAAAGAGGGCAGUGCCACUGUCCCCUGGGGCACAAAGAGCAGGUGGUGCCACUGUCCCCAUGUCCCCUUGGACACAAAGAGAGGGCAGUGCCACUGUCCUCAUGUCCCCUGGGUAGGCAGUGCCACUGUCCUUAUGUCCCCUGGGUGGGCAGUGCCACUGUCCCCUGGGUAGGCAGUGCCACUGUCCCCAUGUCCCCUGGGUGGGCAGUGCCACUGUCCCCUGGGUGGGCAGUGCCACUGUCCCCAUGUCCCCUGGGUGGGCAGUGCCACUGUCCUCAUGUCCCCUGGGUGGGCAGUGCCACUGUCCUCAUGUCCCCUGGGUGGGCAGUGCCACUGUCCCCAUGUCCCUCGGGUUGGCAGUGCCUCUGUGCCCAUGUCUCCUGGGUGGGCAGUGCCACUGUCCCCAUGUCCCCUGGGGCACAAACAGCAGGCAAUGCCACUGUCCCCAUGUCCCCUGGGGCACGAAGAGCGAGCACUGCCACUGUCCCCAUGUCCCUUGGGGCAGUGCCACUGUCCCCAUGUCCCCUGGGGCACAAAGAGCGAGCAGUGCCACUGUCCCCAUGUCCCCUGGGGCACAAACUGCAGGCAGUGCCACUGUCCCCACGUCCCCUGGGGCACGAAGAGCGAGCAGUGCCACUGUCGCCAUGUCCCCUGGGGCAGUGCCACUCUCCCCUCGGGACGCCGGCCCGGGGUGGCUGUGCCGGUGCUCGGUGAGGUCGCAGCUCCCGGAGCCGCUCUUGCCGCAGUGGCCGCGGCUUCUCCCCGGUGACUCUGGGCGGAUCUCUGGGCUUGUACUUCAGCGAGGGAACUUCUGAGGGCAGCACAGGCCACACACUGCCUUGAAAGCCAUAAAUUUCGAGGCGGUGCUUCCAUGGAUUUUCUCAGAGCCUUGGGGAAAAAAAAAAAAAAAUGAAAGGAAGAUGUGCCGGCAAUGAGGUGUCUGCUGGGGAGAUCAGCUGGGAAGCAGAUCCAUCUGCUCUUUGGAGGACAAAAGAAAAUGGUUUUCCCUCUCAGAUACCAGGCUGUGGGGAAAUACCAGAAUACCAACCUUCUUUAUUUUUGUAAUAUUUGGGGUUUUAAGCUGAAACUGUCUGUAAAAAGAAAAACGAUAAUAAAAUAAUUGCAGCUGAAGAA